GUUUUUAGCAACAAGCGUAGGCAUAGCAAGAACGUUGAGUUAGCUUUCCUUUAAGUUUUUUUUGUUUUUGUUUUUUCCUUUGCAAAAACAGAACACUCAUGAGUUCCAUGGCUGAGAACAGAAGCUUCUUUUCAAUUCCAAGUAGUACUAAGACAUCACUUCCAGUGUCAUCACGUUCUUCAGAAUCUAAACAACAAGAAGAAGGAGGAGGUCUUAGAAGACGCCUUUCUUCAUUGUCCCUUAAGAUCCAAGCCAACCCUGUAUCAUCAUCAUCAUCAUGGUCAUUUCCCAGAUCCAAGUCACUCUCAUCAAUGGGUGACUAUGCAGGAAACUCUAUAAAGAAAUGGUGGGAAUGGAGCUUCGGUUGGAUCCUCUCAAAGAAACCCAUCUUUGCAACAGAUCUCGAAAUGAACGAGCAAGAAACAAAGCUACUUGGUUCCCACAACAAGGGAACAUGGAGACAUGUUUUUUAUAAGGUUCGAUCUGAGAUCAGAAGAUUCAUCAAUUCUGAUCAUGCGAGUCUUCCUCAAACCUACAGGUACGAUGAUGCAAAGAUGACAAUUCAAGCAUCAUAAUUCAAUUCGAAACUGGAGUUUGUACGUAUAGUGCAAAUCCUUCAAAUAAUUUAGUUUUUUAAGAUCUCAGAAAUCCACCGUGGAAUAUGCCAAGCUUCUGCAAUUCGUUUGUUCGUUUUUUUUUUUUUUUUGUUACUUAAAUGUACGUAUAAUUCUUCAUGUUAAUUUGUUCAUUGUUGUCCAUGAU